AAAAUUCUUUUUUUUAUUCUUUACAAGUUAGCCCUUGACUACAAUCUCACCUGAUGGUAAGUGAUGAUUCAAUCUAAGAUGGAAGCGGGCUAACUUGUUAGGAGGAGGAUGAUAAUCUACACUCCUUUCGGUUUCUACACGGCAUCGUACCGGAACGCUAAAUCGCUUGGCGGUACGUGAAAUUCAUUAUUCACAUUGACCUCUUAUAUAUUUUUUUAUAAUCUCGAUAUUUCUCUCUCAUCAUUCUCAACUACCUACAAAGACUAACUUACUGGACUCACUGGACUAACGAUGCACUUUAGAUUGUCAAUACCCAUUUCAUACGUGCGUAGUUAUUUUUUAUUAAUGAGUUUACGUAUAGCUUGUCAACUUCGUUCGUAACACUCCCGAUGUUCCGCGCGGGCCGAAAGCGUGUAGUGAUGAAUGAAAAACCCACCACUGAUGCAUCACUUUCCCACACGCACGAUUUCACACCCGCGCAAUCUUUCCACCUGUCGCCCGCAUAUCUUGUGAGUGUUAUCAACGAACUUGCCAGACUGUACCUACAUCUUGAUUACUUCAGUAUAUCCGAAUAAUUAAAACUGUCUUUCUUAAUUUGCCUAUCCAGUCACCAAAAAAUUGAUCUACCAUAAACCUAAAUUGUACAUUACAAACUUGAAUUUAUAUGUAUAAAAUACAUAAGUAUUACUACAACAAAAUUGAUCUACAUAUAUUUAUACCUACUAGUAGGUUAGGUACCUACUACUCUAACAGUGGAAUUCUAAGAUUAUUAAACUUGCGAAGUCAUUGUUUUUCUGAUUAAAGAUUCGCUGAUUCCAAAAAUACUUAGGUAGGUAGUUAGAUAUGAGAUAAUGGCACAAUCUUAAUUAUAUUAAACAAGUGUAUUUGACAAAUGAUAAAACUGCUAAAUCGGCUCAUUUUCUGCCAGCGACUGUCGAUAUGAUCACGUUUUUCCUUUUGUUCGUUUUAAUUUUAGUAUUUUAUUACUAUGGAACGCGUAACUUCGAUUAUUGGAAGAAAAGAGGUGUGAAAUAUGAAGAGCCUCUUUUCUUUUUUGGUGGCAAUAUCAAAUUUUACAUAGACAAUGUUAGUUUUUCUGAACGCUUCGCAGCUCUUCACCGAGCUUAUCCGAACGAAAAGUUCGUUGGUUUCUUCGAAGGUAAUGGUCCCGCAAUACUAUUUAGGGAUCCCGACUUGAUAAAACACGUUCUGGUGACAGAUUUUCGUUACUUUCACCGUCGUGGGGUAAGUUUGACUAAGAAUGUUACCGAACCUCUGAUGAAGAAUUUGUUCACUGUCGACGGUGAUAUAUGGAAAUUGAUGCGGCAGAAGUUAACGCCAGCCUUUUCGACGAGUAAACUAAAAGCUAUGUUCCCACUUAUUAUUGAAACAACUGAGAAAUUAACACGGAUUGCCAACGACUUAGCAGAGACGAAGGAUGAGGUGGACGUGCGCGAACUUAUGGCAAGGUUCACGACGGAUUUCGUGGGUGCAUGUGGCUUCGGCAUCGACUCCCAAGCUCUGAACGAAGAGGAUUCUGAUUUCCGUCAGCUAGGAAAGCGUAUUUUCAAUCCUACGACGCGGGAUCACUUCGUGAAUCUAAUAAAGGGGAUGUUUCCGGAUACGUUUAGUGAAGUGCGUUUCUUUGCCCCCGAAAUCGAGGAGAAAACAUUUUCGAUUGUAAAACGGAUCAUGUCUCAGAGGAAUUACAAACCUUGUGGGAGGAAUGAUUUUAUUGAUAUGAUGUUGGAGUUAAGACUGAAGGGGAAAAUUGUCGGGGAAUCCAUAGAGAGGAGGAAUGCUGAUGGUACUCCUGAAAUUGUAGAGCUAGAGCAAGAUGACAAGUUGCUUGCCGCGCAAGUAUUUAUAUUCUUCGCCGCUGGCUUCGAGACUUCUUCGUCAGCCAGCAGUUUCCUUCUUCACAUGCUGGCGUACCAUCCGGAAGUGCAGGAUCGUUGCCGGAAAGAAGUAGACGCGAUCCUCGAGAAGUAUGACGGAAGACUUUGUUACGACGCCGUCAAAGAAUUUAAAUAUUUGCUGAUGGCUUUUAAGGAAGCGCUGCGUCUCCUGCCAUCUCCCGGUUUUCUGCUAAGACUGACUUGUGACAAGUACCAUAUCCCGGGCACAGAUGUAUCAAUAGAUGAAGGGACUACAGUAGUUAUAUCUUUGGAAGCUUUGUUUUCUGAUGAACGAUUCUUCAAGGACCCAGAGAAGUUCGACCCAGAGAGAUUCCAUCCGCAUAAAAUUGGCGAAUUAGAUAAAAGCAUUUAUAUGCCUUUUGGUGAUGGACCGCGGGCGUGCAUUGGAGAGCGUAUGGGCAUUAUGCAAUCGCUAGCGGGAGUGGCUACCAUUUUGAAAAACUUCACGGUGACGCCAUCUCGUAGUUCACUCCGGAAACCACGCAUCGAUCCUAAAUCAAUCAUCGUACAAUCCAUCAUCGGAGGAUUGCCUCUUUCAUUAAAACGAAGGCAGAAAACUUGAAAUUUCAGAAAAUUAGAUUUCUUUUAUUUAUAGCAAAUACACGUGUCUUAGCCUUUAUCUACGUAUUUGAAUAUACAAUUGCAACAAUGUUUUAAUAACCUUAUAUUAAAUUAAAAAAAAAAAACAUACAGCCGAACGUAGAACCUCUUCCUUUUUGGAACUCGGGUAAUAAAAUAUUUGGUAGAUCGGUGGCUGAAAGAUAUAAGAUUUCCGCAUACACUAUUUCAUUUAUUUCUAACAAGCGUUCUAUAUAUUUGUAAAUAUUAUAAAUACGCUGAGUGAUGCCCUUCCGCCGCACGCCUAAGUAACCGGUGAUACCUAAAUUAUUGUAUUGCGCAGCUUAACGCACGAUGUGACAAACGUCAUAAAUUUCCU